CGUAUGUUCAAAUCUGCAGCACGGGUCUUUGUCCGGUGUUUUUACACGGAUAGAAAAAAAAGACAUAUUUGCUUCUUGCCGUCGGCGGUUUCUAAGAACUGUCCAAAACUAACUCAUUAUUACGUGUUCAGCUAAUACACUAGGACUAUAGCAUCCACUUGUAAAACUGUGUGUUUUGAACUGUGUGGAAUUGUUCAUCCAUCACUCAUGGGACCGGUCCUCCCUUCCGCCGUGACUCGCCUAGCCUCGCGGUUACGCCCCCCGGUCACAGAGAUAAAUGGUCAGUUUCGUAAGGGCGCAUGCUUACAGUUAACUCCACAUCCUCCGGUCCGUAAUUCCGCUUCAUGAACAGCCUGGGUCUCGAGGAGUAGGAAGACACACCGGGCAGCUCGCUCACCUCAGUCUCUAAUCCGUCCUCGACGGUCCGUCCCGUGUCACACAUGUUCUGCUGAGGACGCGCUCCCCAACCGACAAAAACCGACCAUGUCUACCGGGUCGCUUAGCGACGUUGACGACGAGCUCCUGGACGGGAUCCUGAAGUUCGGCUCCUCCGGUAAAGACUCCGGUACGUCGAACGAGAGCACCGGGGACAGUUCGAACUGCGAAGGCGGCUCGGCCAACGACAAAACUGCCCGGGGAAAGAAACGGAAAACAGGGUCCGGUAGGAAAACCGCGCUGAACGGCGUGGCGCACGAUGGGGGCGGCAAGCAGCCGCAGAGGAACGCGGCCAACGCACGGGAGAGGGCAAGGAUGCGCGUGCUAUCCAAAGCGUUUUCCCGUUUGAAGACGACUUUACCGUGGGUCCCGCCGGACACCAAGCUCUCCAAACUGGACACACUUCGCCUCGCCUCGAGCUACAUAGCCCAUCUACGGCAGAUCCUCGCCAACGACAAAUACGAGAACGGAUUUAUCCACCCGGUGAACCUGACGUGGCCCUUCAUGGUCGCCGGGAAACCGGAGAAUGAUUUGAAAGAGAUGCUCAACACCACCCGGUUGUGUGGAACAACCGCCUCAUGAUGUAACGGAUGGACAUGACAUGAACAUUAACCGUCAAAGGAUGGACAUGAUACAUUUUUUUUGAAUUUUUCAGAUGGACAGAAAUGCACGUCAUCUCUCCUAAACCAAAUAAUGAGUGGGAAUACCGGGAGAGCGCACGCUCUCUCACGCGUUCCGAUACAGAGAAGCUGAUUUUAUAUUUAAAUUGUUCACAUGUUGCCUUUGCUGGUUCGAGGACAUAUUGUGUUUUGUAUACGUUUUUAUAAUCUUAAAAAUGCUUAAAAAAAAAAAACUUUGUCACACGAGUAUUUGUUUUACAGGUGAUGUUGUCAGUCGCCGCGUUGGAAGUGCACAUGAAAAAUGUCUCAAUAUCCUAUCUGAAUAGUCAGAUUUUAUACGAAUAAAAUGUAUUCAUCGCA